AUGGAAAUCUCAAGCCACAACCAGCAGAACCAGUGGAGCUAUCCAAGCUCAGACUCUGAGUUCUACAGUGUUUCCUCUCCAGACACAGUCUCACCAGCUGCAUCCAUGGACCAGGGCUUCUCCCCAUCCCAUCCGGACCAGCCGACAUCCUCCAAGUCCAUCCAACCACCUGCGUCUCAACCAGGUUCCAUCAAGAGGAAAUGUAGGUUGCGGUUGAAGAACCCGAGUGAGCAACGACAGAACGCCAGUGAGAAGGAAAAGUUGAGAAUGAGAGAUCUGACCAAAGCUCUCCACCAUCUCAGGACCUACCUGCCUCCGUCUAUGGCUCCCGUCGGCCAAACUCUGACCAAGAUUGAGACACUACGGCUCACAAUACAUUACAUCUCAUUUCUGUCAGCUCAGCUGGGUCUCAGUAAGGAAGAGCUGGAACAAAGGAAACAAAUUAAUCCCAGCAAUGGCUGUCCAUAUUCUCCGGAGAUUGUUGGCUAUUUUCAGUGCAGAUCUACAGCUGGACAAAGGGCAGAGGAGGGACAGGGUUAUGGUCAUGAUGAUGGACAGUAUCAGGAUAGGGACAGCGCAAGCAAUACGGGGCAAUUUGAUGAGAUGAAUGUGGACCAGUGCAAAGGGAAUCCACAGCAACAUUCAACGGAACAGCUCUACUCUCCAGAUAUAGACAAGUACCUGCAGUCACAACAGCUGGCUCAAACAGCACAGUCAUAUCCAGUAUAUAUUGUCUUAACCAUUCUAUAUCCUCCAUUUCAGGUUUAUGGCAGAAAGUCUGGCUAUCAACUUGUUCCUCAAGUGUACUGGAGUUGA